ACUUUACCCCAACAACAGGAUCCUGUGGCUGCUGGGGAUCAAGACCAGGGUGACCUUCAGACUAUCAGAAGAACGGGAAAUACAGUUCUUAAUCAGGCUCAUGGGGAUAACCAGCUAGAAAGGUUACCUACAGCAGUGCCUCAUGAGAUAGCUGGGGUUUUAAGACAUAUCACCGCUAAUGCAGGUAACAUGCAUAUUACAUUCAAUGUUUACCACAAUUACUCAGGAAAGGAAUCAAUGACACACAUGAAAGAGAACGAUGUGACAGCCUCAUUUCAUAAACAUAUCCCUCCAAGUGUGAAAAAAUGAUUAAAUGAGACACUUUCUCAAGAUGGUGUAUGGGGCCAAGUGAUGAAGAUGUGUGGCAUUUCAGAUGAAACCCCAUGUCCUCCCGAUGCUGUGGCUUCUCUGUUGUCUCAAGUCAAGGGUUCCAUUGCAUCUUUCAUCAGUGUGUUGUUAAAGUUAAAAGAAUGCCAUAGAGAAGGGCAGCAAGACAUUCCACAAGACUUGAUUGAUGAAGUCAAGAAAGGACUUCUGAGUGAAAUGGAGUACAACAGACUGAGAGAGAAAGUGGUUGACUUUGCUGAGGAACUUUCCAUUCAUAUAGAAAGAACUUUAGAUUACCUGUAUCAGUUUAGUCUAAUACCAGAUGAGGAGACAACAAAGCUUAAAAAUGAGGCAAAGAGAAAUCCACAAGAAGCUUGUAGAAAUUUGUUUAAAGCACUCCUGGCAACCAGUCCUAAAAAAGAGCCAAUUAAACAUCUGAAAGCUGCAUUCAGGGAUUCUGGUCUCUUGUAUAUGGCAGAUGAACUGGAACUCAGCUACCAGAACAUAGAGGAUGAAUUACAGAAACAUGGAAGUGGCCAACCUUCUUGUGAAGAGCCGAUGGCGAUAGGAAUGUCAGCUCCCCCCCACACCUGCAACAGGUGAAAACCCUAUUGGAGAACAUUAAAACUGUUUGUACAUUAUUUGACAGUAUGUAUCAAGAUUGUUUAUGCUAUUUGGGUCACCGUGGACUAAGAACAUAUGGUGUAUUGCCACAUAUAUUGACAUCAGACAAAUAAAGUGAUUCUCUGUAUUUACUGAUUUUGAACAAGUUUGCUGUUAAACUAUAGUGACGUUCAUAUUUGCAGUUCAGCAUCAACUGUGACCCUAACUUUUAACAGGAAGAUGACAGAAAUUUUAAGCAAAACCCAUUGGCCCAUGAAACCAUCAAUACUGUUAGGGGACUUCAAUGUUGAUUUGUCUUACAGUAGAUCUAGAGCUCCUACAACCUCUGUUUAUGUUCCUCUUUUAUAAUACCACCAACAAGUUAUUGUCUCACCAACAUUGAGGUGUAUCAAAGACACACUAGUGUUUUUGACCAUUUUUUAUGUACAAGGUGUAAAACCAGUAGAAACAGGUACACUGCACCUUUUACAGUGCCAUGUUCCUGUAUAUGCUAUUAUACCCAUCUGUUUUAACUAGCUUAUAAAUUACUCCUUUAGUUCAUUCCCACAAACAAAAAUGGAUAUUUGUAAAAAGCACUGUAUAUAUGUUAAAAAGCAUCCAUAUGUAUUUUAUGUAAAUAUAUUCUGAUAAUGUCAACACCAUGUAAUUUAUGUAAAUAUAUCCCCUUAAAGAUGGCAACACUACAAAUACGUGGGAAGGUGUUUUAAUAUGUAAAAGAAUA